ACCUACAAAGGGGGAAUGUAUCUCGUUUACGGGUGCCUUGGCGUUUUCUAUGGAAACUUGUACCACUGUUGGUUGUACGUUCGAUAUUUGGUGCUUCGUUUUUUCUCUUGAACUUUAUUUUUUGAUGCCCCUUCUCAUCGUGCCACCUCUGUCUCUCUCUGGCACAUCAUUGUGUUUCACUUCCAUGGAACAGACGGUUUGCCGGGGGCCUCCACAUCUUUCUUUGAAAGAGGUUGCACCGGCAUUCAAGGGGUAAUAUUCUUACAGAUGAUUUGGAGCAUGAUGUUCAAUGCCUUUCUAUUUGCCUUUUUCUACUCACUUCUUUCGAAAAGUGAGUUUCGAUCGUCUCAGAUCAUUUUUACAAAUAAAUUGUUGAUUAACAUCGUGGAGGGAGACAAAAUGGAGGGAAAUCGAGCCUACGUGAGAUUGCAGUGUUACGAUAUUGAUAGUGCUCACCCCUUAGUGGAGGCCCACGCCAGAAUGUAUGUCCUAGACCACAAAUUAAAAAUGCACCCCCUCCGCUUGAUGGAUCCUAACGAUGACCUCGGAGGAGUUUUGUAUCCAAGUGUCCCGGCCGAUAUCGUCCAUCACAUUGAUUGUCACAGCCCACUGUCGCCGCAACGAUUGCCCUUCGUGGAACGGAGCAACGGGCUAGUUCUCCGCACGCUCGACUCUUCCACCGGAAACCGUGAUCAAAUUAUCUGUCCUGUAUGCGGGGAAGCCUAUGGGACCUAUGAACGAUUGAAGAAACACGUCGAAUACAAUGCCAUGAUCGAGGCCAAAGAGGGUGAUUAUCCGACAGAAAGAUCUCACGUGGGUUUCCAAUUUCCCGUCAUAAAGCCACUCACACUCGACGAUGUUCGCAGUCACAUCGAAGAAACAUUGAGUGAGAUCAUAGUCGUGGUGGAAGCUAUCGAUCCCCAGCUAUCGGGGACCUUUCAAUCGCUUCAGAGUUACAAAUACGAAGAUAUUGUAUUUGGGUCGGAGUUUGCAAAGUGUAUGUCGGUAAACAAGGAGCGAACGGAGUUCCUCGUGGACAUGCAACAGUUCCAUAAAACCUACAAAAACAAUCCUUCUAUCAAACAUAACAUUUUCGAUUCCAUAAAACGGACGAAGAGUGACAAAACCGACCCAUCUACUGAGCAUAGAGUUUUCGACUCGAUGAAACGAUUGAAAAGUGAUAAAUCAAUCGAAAACAGAAGAUUCUUGUUAUCCCACAUCUCUGAAGAUACCUUCGAGGACGAUGUUUCCGAAUAUCAUGAACAAGAUAUUGACCUGGACGAUGAUGAGGUGUCCUUAGAAAACGGUGGCACUUAUUUUAGUAGGAGUUACAAUACUUUUUCGAGUUUACACAACCCAUCAGGUAAUCUUGCCAGCAUUUUCACUGGGCGCUUUCAUUCGAGCCAGUCAACCAGAAGGUCCUCUACAUCUUCAAUUCUGAGUACUAACAGUUCUAUCACUGUUUCGGAAGAGGAGAUCAAUACAUCUAUGAGCCAAAAACGGCCAACUUACGAUAGGCUGCCAUCAUAUUCAUCUCAUGUGUGAUAAUCAUGGAAACUAAAAAAGAUAUCUGUAC